AUGGCGACUUCUCUGCUAUCUCCACUCUCAGCUCCAAACCCAGAAACGGUCAGUUCCUCUGCUGGGUUAAACAAGUCCUCCUUUCUCCCAUGCUCCAAACUCUUUUUAUUAAGCACUCCAAGAAAACAAAGAUGCUACUGCUCUUGCAAGUCCCCUACUGCAUCUGGGAGGUCACUGAAUCAUAUUCCCAGCCAGUUUAGACAAGAAAACCUCAAAGAUGGACAUGAUCCUUCAAAGCCUAUUUAUCUAUAUAUAAACUCAUCCGGGACACAGAAUGAGAAGAUGGAGACUGUCGGAUCCGAAACUGAAGCGUAUGCCAUUGCAGACACCAUGUCUUACUGCAAAUCAACUAUCUAUACUGUGAAUUGUGGCAUGGCAUAUGGUCAGGCAGCAAUGCUUCUAUCUCUUGGAGCCAAGGGUAAUCGCGCUUUACAGCCAAACUCAUCCACAAAAUUAUAUUUGCCUAAAGUCAACAGAUCAAGCGGAGCUGCAGUAGAUAUGUGGAUCAAGGCCAAGGAAUUGGAUGCAAAUACUGAGUAUUAUAUUGAGCUGUUAGCAAAAGGAACUGGGAAGCCGAAGGAAGAACUUGUUAAAGAGCGACCAAAAUAUCUCAAAGCUCAGGAAGCCAUAGAUUAUGGGAUUGCCGACAAACUACUUAGCUCAAGUGAUGAUGCAUUUGAGAAAAGGGACUAUGAUGCAUUGCUUGCUCAAACAAAAGCCAUGAAGGCACAAGCUGCUGGGCCGAGAGCAGCUCCCUCUGGUUUUAGAUGAUGACAAAAUAUAGUAUAGCUGAUUAUACAGAGGAAACUGCCAAGGUAGGAUACGCUUUUGUUGAUGGCAGUGCUGGUCCGUGUGGCCAGAUAGCUCUGGAUCCGUAUGCUAAUCUCAAAAUGCUGUAUACAAUGUGUAUCUUGGGCUAGGGCUAUGUUAAAGUUACAUGUAUAGCAAUAGACCACUGGUUCGUAACAGUAAUGUAAUACAAACAACUCCAUAUUUGUGUUUUGAUCUUAUUGAACUCCAGGAGAGAAUUUAUGCCUUUUCAACUA